AUGUCGCUUCUUCUGCCCGUUCUGCGGAAGAUCGUGAAGAAUGAUGCCAUGAGAUCGGACCCACCGGAGAUCUAUGGCUGGAGAGUAUACGUUCUGGCUGCGUCGGUAAGACCACCACUACCAUCGUCUCUUCAACGGAAGCUUACGUAUUUUGGUCAGGCAUGUUUCGGCGCCAUGUCUUUUGGCUGGGACAGCGGUGUCAUCGGGGGCGUUAUCAAGCUUGACCCUUUCAAAGCGGACUAUGGUCUGACCAAGGGCGACGUCGCGAACCUUUCGAGUAACAUCGUAUCCGUUCUUCAGGCAGGUUGCUUCUUCGGAGCUCUCAUCGGUUUCCCUUUGCCUGAUUGGAUCGGCCGUAAAUGGGCUUUGGUAGUAGCUGCUGCCACCACUCUCGCCGGAGUUGUGAUGCAAUCAGCUGCUUCUGGCCACCUCGAAGCCAUGUAUAUCGGGCGAUUGAUUUCUGGAUUCGGAGUCGGAAUUUCCAGUGCCGUCAACCCCAUCUACGUGUCCGAAAACUCGCCACGAGCUAUCCGUGGGCUUCUUACUGGAAUGUACCAACUGUUCAUUGUGACUGGUGGUAUGCUUGCCUUCUGGAUCAACUAUGCUACCAGUAUCCACAACGUCGGCAAGGCCCAGUACAUCAUCCCUCUCGCCGUGCAGGGUAUCCCCGCUCUCUUGUUGUUGGUUCUCAUGAUCCUCAGUAAUGAGUCGCCAAGAUACCUGGCCAGAAAGGAUCGCUGGGAAGAAGCGCGGAGGGUGUUGAAGAGUGUGCGCCAGCUGCCCGACGGUCACCAAUACCUCGAGGAAGAGAUCCAGGAGAUCAGUGACCAGCUAACCUAUGAGCGGCAACUGUUUGGAGACGCCAACCUCAUGACCCUUCUGAAGGAGAUGUUCCUGACCCCCACAAACCGCAAGCGCGCACUUCUCAGCAUCUUCCUCAUGAUCUGGCAACAGAUGACUGGAACAAACGCAAUUAACACAUACGCUCCUACCAUCUUCGAGAACUUGGGCAUCAAGGGAACCUCCAAUCAACUGUUUAGCACGGGUAUUUACGGCAUCGUGAAAGUUCUCGCGUGUAUCGCCUUCCUUCUCUUCAUGGCCGAUUCUCUUGGACGCCGACGAUCGCUUCUUGCAUCAUCUGUUGGCCAGUCUCUCUGCAUGUUCUACAUCGGUCUUUACGUCAGAAUCUCCCCACCGGUCGCGGACGCAUCUGUACCACCGCAAGGCUACGUUGCUCUAGUCUGCAUCUUCCUGUUUGCUGCUUUCUUCCAGUUCGGCUGGGGCCCUGCUUGCUGGAUCUAUGUUUCUGAGAUCCCAACUGCCAGACUGAGACCCUUGAACGUUGCCUUGGCUGCUGCGACCCAGUGGCUAUUCAAUUUCGUGGUCGCCAAAGCCGUUCCCACUAUGCUGGAGACUGUCGGUGACCACGGAUACGGAACCUACCUGAUUUUCGGUAGCUUCGGUGUUGUCAUGUGGCUCUUCGUUUUCUUCCUCAUCCCGGAAACAAAGGGUGUCGCGCUUGAGCAGAUGGACGCCUUGUUUGGUGUCAGUGAUGAGGAAAGACAUGCUAUCAUCGCUGAUGGCGAGAAGAACUUUGACGCGAUCCACGUUUCCGAGAACGAGAAGCGUGUUUAG